AAUCCCCAUUCAUUACAUACGAAUUCAAAAUCUCCUAAUUACACACCAAAAAAUCUUGGAUCGACCAAAAUAUAUCUACCAUGGAAGAAAUAUCACCUAAACCAAAUCCAUCAUGCAAAAAUUCUAACAAAGGCAAUAAAGUAACCUUUCAUAUCACUCUCCAAAAAGUUGUUCUAUUAGUAUCUCUUCUUCUUCUUCUUCUCUCUCUUUUCUCUCUCUAUAUAUACAUUAAACAUGCAUAUGUUGUGCUUACUCUGAAAGAAAAUGAAAAAGGUAGAGCGAAAAUUUAGCGCGCUUGUGGUGGACGACGACCAAAUGAUCCGUAAAGUUGAGGAGAAGUUGUUGGCGAGUUUCGGACUCGAGACAAAAGUAGUGAACAAUGGGGAGGAAGCUUUGAAGUUGUUCCUUGAGGGGUAUACUUUUGAUGUUGUUGUCAUGGACAUGGAGAUGCCCGUCAAGAAUGGGCCCGAGGCCACUCGCGAGUUGCGAGCAAUGGGGGUGGACUGCAUGAUCGUUGGGGUGACUUCCCGUGGUGACGGACCCGAGAAGGUGGAGUUCGAGGCCGCCGGGUUGAAUUGCUGUUGGGAGAAGCCGUUGAACGCUAAGAUAGUCAGGACAAUCCUCGACGAGUUGGAAAUGAAACUAUCUUGAACAACCAAAAUUUUAUUGUUGUUGUACUAAACUUUUUGUGCUUAAAACAGUUGUACUUCCCAAAAAUGAACAAAUGAGAAUCAACGAAAUUGUUGCCUGUGGGCCGUGGUUA